GGUCUCGUGUAGCGCGAGAGGUCAGCAGUUGCCAGGUAGUCAAGGCAAACAACCUGAUCAGGUGUUGAUAGGGAUACCUUUACACUUAGUUUGUCGUCAAGAUCUGUUGAAUAUUUAGACCUAAGGAACCAUGGCGAAUGUCAGGACCUACAGUCCGUCCGUUCGAGUUGGGAACUGGAACGAAGAUCUCUGUCUUGAAGAGGAUACACUGAAAGACUUCCUGGACAAAAGAGACUCAGGAGACCUUCUAGUUCAGAAGACACACAACCUGCUUCAGAACACUCUUAGGAAGGUUGACCUGUCUGUGACCACGGACGGGCUGCUGCACUUUGGCGACACGGUGAUGAUCGUGAACCCCGGGGCGGAGCGUAACGACGUGCGGGACAUCCGCCAGCGGGACCUGACCGCGCUGUGCCUGAACAUCAGCGAGUACAAGGCACACCUGGCUGCGCAGGUGGAGGCACCCUGUCCUGUCUCUGCCUCACGGAUCAUCAAACCCUGCAUCAGGAAUGCCUUUGUUAUCACUAGUGUUGAUGGAAGCCCCCAUGGACAGCCUCUCCGGUAUGGACAGGACUUUGCACUCAGCACCACGGAGGGGUACGCUGGAAAUCUGAAGCUCCACAGCGAUCGCGUGUCGUUUCUGAAGUGUGCCAAGAAGUCUCGUCAGCAGGAGGUGUCCCUGGUCUCUGACCUGUCUCACUUCACCAGGUGGAAGACCAUCGCGUUCGAGCCUCAACUCAGGAUGGAGUACGAAGGACUGCCUGUACAGGCCAAUGUAAAGCUUCUCAUCACACACUGCAAGACCCACCAACACCUGAACAUUGCACAAGACUAUGUCACCAGAACUCCGUUUGGCUAUGAGUAUGAGGUGACGGCUCACAUGGACCUGGACUCUCACCGCGCUGAGAAGGAAACUAACCACUGGGUCAUCAUCACUGGAACACCAACCGACGAUGGAAGAACUAUGUUUGACAAACCACGCCCUGACCCCUCUGGUCUGACGGACCGUCCCAUGGAGGGUACGGGGGAGAUCAGGAACGCUGGACUGGACCCCUCGCAGACUGGACCUCCUCCCAAGACGGAGGAACGGCCCACCAUGGAGGAGAUGCUCCAACAGGUGGAACAGACAGCGAAGGGAGAGACAACUCCUCAGACUCAAUAAACAAUUCUUAGGCCACACCAAUUUAAUUCCUUGGUUAACGGA